CAUGCCGCCCGGCAAGGUCCUGCAGCCGGUGCUGAAGAUGAAGGUGGACGAGCUGUUCCUGUACUGGCUCAGCGAGGCCAGCACGCAGCGGAUGCUGCAGGACUGCCUGCGCCGGAUCAAGGCGCCCGGGCGGGACCUGCGGACCGCGGGGGACGGGGAGCCGCCCGGGGCCUGGCCCGCAGCCCCGCUCGCCGCCCCCAGACCCGGCGGGCUGGACCUCGCGGCCACCCCCGGCCCGGGCCCCGCGCUGCCCCUGGGCGCCGCCUCCAGCCCCAGGAACGCGCCCCACGCUCGAGGCACCCGUAGAUCCGCAGGGACGAGAGUAGCCUGCGGCUGCCCGCUCUACUGGAAGGGACCGCUCUUCUGUGGCGCCGGCGGGGAGCGCACGGGCUCCGUGUCCGUCCACAAGUUCGUCGCCAUGUGGAGAAAAAUCCUCCACAACUGCCACGACGACGCGGCCAAGUUCGUCCAUCUGCUCAUGAGCCCUGGCUGCAACUACCUGGUGCCAGACGACUUCGUCCCCUUCCUGCAGGACGUGGUGAACACGCACCCGGGGCUGUCGUUCCUGAAGGAGGCGUCCGAGUUCCACUCGCGCUACAUCACCACGGUCAUCCAGCGGAUCUUCUACACCGUGAACCGGUCCUGGUCCGGCAGGAUCACCUGCGCCGAGCUGCGGAGGAGCUCCUUCCUGCAGAAUGUGGCGCUGCUGGAGGAGGAGGCGGACAUCAACCAGCUGACUGAGUUCUUCUCCUACGAGCACUUCUACGUCAUCUACUGUAAGUUCUGGGAGCUGGACACGGACCACGACCUGCUCAUCGACGCGCACGACCUGGCGCGGCACAAUGACCACGCCAUUUCUACCAAGAUGAUCGACAGGAUCUUCUCGGGAGCAGUCACGCGAGGCAGAAAAGCGCAGAAGGAAGGGAAGAUCAGCUACGCCGACUUUGUCUGGUUUUUGAUCUCUGAGGAAGACAAGAAAACGCCGACCAGCAUCGAGUACUGGUUCCGCUGCAUGGACCUGGACGGGGACGGCGCCCUGUCCAUGUUCGAGCUCGAGUACUUCUACGAGGAGCAGUGCCGGAGGCUGGACAGCAUGGCCAUCGAGGCCCUGCCCUUCCAGGACUGCCUGUGCCAGAUGCUGGACCUGGUCAAGCCGAGGAGCGAAGGGAGGAUCACGCUGCAGGACCUGAAGCGCUGCAAGCUGGCCGGCGUGUUCUUCGACACCUUCUUCAACAUCGAGAAGUACCUGGACCACGAGCAGAAGGAGCAGAUCUCGCUGCUCAGGGACAGUGACGGCAGCGGCCCCGAGCUCUCGGACUGGGAGAAGUACGCGGCCGAGGAGUACGACAUCCUGGUGGCCGAGGAGACGGCGGGGGAGCCCUGGGAGGACGGGUUCGAGGCCGAGCUCAGCCCUGUGGAGCAGAAGCUGAGUGCCCUGCGGUCCCCGCUGGCCCAGAGGCCGUUCUUCGAGGCGCCCUCGCCCCUGGGCGCCGUGGACCUGUACGAGUACGCGUGCGGGGACGAGGACCUGGAGCCGCUGUGAGGCCGCCCGGGGACCCCACCGCGGGGGCCCCCUGUACGUGCCACGGCCCCCGCGGCUUGUGUAAAAACUGUUCUCUUUUGUGGAAAGUGCGUGCGUUUGUACGGAAUGGUAAAUUUUUAUUUAUUCACA